UACUGGCAAGUCUACAGACCAGUAGGUUCACUGUGUUUCUUGUUAGGAUGUCUGGACGCGGUAAGCAGGGGGGCAAGGCUCGCGCCAAGGCCAAGACGCGGUCAUCCCGCGCCGGCCUGCAGUUCCCGGUGGGGCGCGUGCACCGCCUGCUGCGCAAGGGCAACUAUGCCGAGCGCGUGGGCGCCGGCGCCCCUGUUUACCUGGCGGCCGUGCUAGAGUACUUGACGGCCGAGAUUCUGGAGCUGGCGGGCAACGCGGCGCGCGACAACAAGAAGACCCGCAUCAUCCCGCGCCACCUGCAGCUGGCCAUCCGCAACGACGAGGAGCUCAACAAGCUGCUGGGCAAGGUCACCAUCGCUCAGGGUGGCGUGCUGCCCAACAUCCAGGCCGUGCUGCUGCCCAAGAAGACCGAGAGCCACCACAAGGCCAAGGGCAAGUGAGGCUCCAAACACCGCUACGAAACCAAAGGCUCUUUUCAGAGCCACACGUU